CAAUGCAUGACUCACGCGACAAUCACAUGGAUCUUCCUGCCAUUCUUUCGGCCAGGGAUAUUAGGAGGCUAACAAUUGCAACCACGGCUUGAGGCGAUGCGCCUUCAAUCUCUAGGACUACGUUAGUGUCCGAAUUUGACAGCCUGGCUUGAUGCUAAUACGCGUAGGCCCUCCGUGAAGCCUUGGAAAUGGGGCCUCCAUUAGGACUUCGGGGAAAAAGACUGCUGCCUGUGAAUACAUAUAUCACAAGAUGCUCCAAAUAAAUUAAACCAUUCGAUCUUCAGACUUCAGACUCUUUAAUCAUCACAAUAUAUAAAGUUUUCCUACUCAUACUUAUCAACACCACACCAGUAUACCAUAUUAAAUCGCCCAUCAUGAGCACUCACGACGUUAUCAUUGUAGGUGCCGGGCCUAUCGGACUUUUCCUGGCCUGUGAACUUGGCAUGAGAGGCACUUCCGUGCUAGUACUGGAACGCGAAACUUCUCCCGAGUCGGCGUUCAAGAGUGCCCCUCUGGGUUUGCGAGGCUUAAACACAAUCUCCUUGGAAUCUCUCUACCGCCGCGACAUGAUGCACCUGGUGACCAAGAACGAGCGCCCGAAAGCUUUCAACAUUAAGGAAGGUUUCAAGUUCGGCGGUCAUUUCGCCGGCAUGGUCUUGAAUGCCGAACUGCUCGACCUGAAGAAGCACAAGUACCGCCUCCCUGGUCCGGCCCUAACCCCUAACGGUACCAUGCUCGAUGUCGUCGAGAAGGUACUAACGGAGAGGGCCGAGAGUGUAGGCGUGAAGAUUCUCAGGGGUAAAGGUGUCUCGGCAAUAUCGCAGGACGACAGCAGCGUCACAGUGGAAGCGGGUGGCGAGACUUUCACGGGAAAAUGGCUCGUAGGCUGCGACGGCGGGAAAAGCACAAUUCGGAAAAUCGCGGGCUUCGACUUCGUCGGAACGAAGCCGGAGUGUACCGGCUACGCGGUCGUGGCCGACUUCGACAAGCCCGGAGUCUUGAAGAUGGGGUUCCAUCCUAGCGAGGGAGGCAUGUACAUCGUCGGAUUCGCGGGGAAUUUUUUCCUGCUUGACUUCGACGGCGGCGCGUUCGACCGCACCCAGAAGGUCACGCCGGAGCACCUCAACGACGUGAUCGCCCGCGUCACCGGCACCGACGUCAAGGUCACGAAUUUCAAGCACGCCUCCUCCUUCACCGACCGCUCCAUGCAAAUAACCCAGUACCGACGGGGCCGGGUCCUACUCGCCGGCGACGCGGCGCACAUCCACUCGCCGCUCGGGGCGCAGGGUCUGAACCUCGGGCUCGGCGACGCCAUGAACCUCGGGUGGAAGCUGGCGGCAACGGUGAAGGCGGGCGAGGACGCGGACCUCGCGCUCCUCGACACGUACGAGAAGGAGCGGCUGCCCAUCGGUGAUUGGGUGCUCGAGUGGACGCGCGCGCAGGUCGCGACGCUGAAGCCGGACCUGUACGGCAAGGCGGUCCGGAAUAUCGUGCGCGACCUUAUCGACACGAGGGACGGCAACAACUUGUUCAUGGACCGCGUCUGGGGCCUCUGGAUGCGGUACGACCUCGGCGACGAGCACCCCCUCGUCGGCUCCAGCGUGCCGGACUUCGAGCUCGACGACGGGUCGAGGCUGGGCCCUAGGCUGAAGGAUGGGCGCGGUCUGCUGCUGGACUUCGGGGCGAAUGAGGCGCUUAAGGGGCUCGCUGGGGAAUACUCGGAUAAGGUCGAUUACCUAAGCACGAGUGCGAAAGAGCAGUUGGGUCUCUCGGCCAUGUUGGUUCGUCCCGAUGGCGUUGUUGCCUGGGCGGCUGAGGAGAAUACUGAUUUGGACGCGGCUAAGGCUGCUUUUCAGCGAUGGUUCGGCCUGGGUUCGAAGUGAUGAGUGUUACAUCGGAGUGAAAGUUGCGAUGCGUUAUUGUACCAACAUAUACCCACCUUAGAUCUAGCGUUCAGGUGUCUCCCCUUUUCGAAGUAUAGUAUCGACGUUCCCUUGAUCUGAACAUCUUGUAUUAUACGUAUAACCAAUAAGACUUCUAAAAUUAUCUAACAA